CGCGUCCACAUCGUUCGUGGCGGCUUGCCACAAAGAGGCUGCGUAGCAAGAUCGGCUUCGGCGACCUCUUGAACUGGUGCCAGCAUACACUAUUUACGGCGUGGACCGGCAGUCGUCCGGAUACGCUGCCACUUGACAAGGACGCAAGGAGGGGCCGAGAUGAACAGCGCGACGCGGUUUGACGUGCCGGGCGGCGACUUUUGCAGCUACUUGCUUGGGACGUGGAAGCGGACGCUCGAGUGGCGCAACUUUGGCUCGACCUUCAAGCACCUCCGCACGACCAACAACGUCGUGCUCAUUGAGGAAGACAUGCUCGCGGCCAAGCAACCCAACACGCGCUUUCUCAAGUGGUCAUUUGGGCGUGGCAUCCGCAAGAGCGAGCUCACGAAUGCGUACACGAUCCAGUUUAUCCCGGACGAGCAAGGCACGUUCAUGGAGUGGAGCUUCGAAGGUGUGACCUGCCAUGGCCUCUUCAAGCCCGAGUCGAGCGUUGCGAUCUUCAACUUUUGUCUCCAAGAGUCCAUGGUGACCAUCACGUAUCGCGUGCUGGACGCCAACACCAUGGCCGUGUGCAUCGUGGAUGUCGACAGCGACCACGCGCCGACGAUUCAAUAUGGCAACAUGUAUCGCAUCGAUCCGUCCAAGUACCAUCCCGACGAAGUCGUCGUCGACGAGAUAAUGAGCUAGUCGAUAGUGCAUGCUUGUAACUGAGUUCUUAGCCUGAUGGUGCUGGAUCGAAGCUUAUUCUGCU